AUGUCCAGAAGAACUACGGCGGAAAUCUUCGGGCUCGCUCUGGUGCAAACGGUGAUUGUGGAUGUGUUCGUUUUCCGCCAGAUCUCUUCAGCGAAUACUAUUCUAUGGCUGCUCCGUGGAUGCUGGCUGGUUAUUGCAUAUUUCUGGCUGGCCCGCAGAAAAUCGGCAAGAUGCGUGACGGUCCUGAUCGUCCCGCAAUUUCUCAGCAAACGAGGCCGAGCCGCGCUGAUAGGCUUUAUCUUUGUGCUUACCGUGACCGGCCCCACGGCCAACACCAUGCGUAACGUGGAGGUCCUCGGACAAACGCUGAGCUGUACGCAACAGCAGCUGAAGGACGCCAUCCGGGAAACUCUGCACGCGUUGAAAGUUCCUUUCCAGGCGAUGAAGCAGGUAAUCGAUAGUACACUCAAAACGGUCGAACGAUCGUUCAUGAAGGUGCAACAGCAGCUGAUGGAGAUCUUGAAGUUGACGAAGCGAAUACUUUAUUCGAUUAAAGCAGCGUACGAUUGGUUGCGGGAUCUAGUAACCAUUUGCAACGAUGAACUGGGCAGUCCCUCGGAACGAUGUGUAAAGUCACUGGAUAAAACCAUCGCCGGAUGCAAGGAAGAAAUGGGGGCGAUGGAUUUCCUGUGCGAAGUGACGCAGGUGGCCAAAUCGAUCUGCUUCGGUGCGAGGAUGGUGGAUAUGUUCUGUGAGCUGAUCGACUUUGUGAGCGAUAGCAUCGUCGAGGAGAUUGAACGAGGUAUACAGAAUCUAAUGCAGUACAUGGAGGAACUGUUCAGAGUGCAGGUUGACUACGAUCAUGCGUACGAUUUCGAAACGAAUGCAUCAAAGUCCUUCGCAGAGAUAAGCGCUGAUAUACGAGGAGAAAUCGAACAACGGACCUUACCCUUGAGACGCACGUUUAGUGUCCUGGGUGUGGUAUCGAGUGGUUUCUUCAUUUGCAUUGUCUGCAGGGCUAUAAGAUACCGCCAACACUACCUAAAGAAGGACACCUUCGACAAUCGCUUCUUGACGGAGGACUUUUAUGAAAUUGAACAACGAAGAGCAGAAAUGAAUAUCGGUGUGGUACUUCCUCUAACUCGUAAAGAGAGACAACGCUACGUACCGAUCACUUCACCUCAUCUAACGUGGAAAGAAAGACUCCGGAUAGCCAGGUCCAUUACGUUCCUGCUUAUCUCUACUAUACAGAUACUAUGCCAACUGUUUGCCGACUACGCGCUAUACUGGUUGUUAACGUUGAUCAAAACUUUUAUGCACGAGGGAUCAGCAAGUGUAAAGAAUGGAUCAAACAGUUCAGUGCCUAUCGGAGUGGAUAUCCGUGGUGAAGGUAUUUUGGCGGAUACGUUACGCGACAUCGUACAUUCGUUCGAUCCGAUUGUGAAUGGUUCUAUCAUUGAUCCUUCCCACUGCGUACCCGAUGCUUCACCACCCCGGCUAGGAAGAUAUGGCGAAAUUGUAGCACUCCUGGUACUUUGUUGGAUAUUUACCAUCGUCGAGCCGUAUGGUUUGCGUGCACGGCAGCUAAUCAUGCGGAGCUAUUAUCCAGCCAGGGCACGUGCUCGUGCACUUUGGUUGCAUAGUGACGUACUGAUGAAGCGAGAAAAUCUGCUCCAGAUUUUCAGACGAUACGUUGACCCGCCAUCAAGCAUUUCGCGUCCAAAAGGAACAGUUUUGGAGGUACUUAGAGCGAAAACUAAUCGCAUCUGGAUUUGUCGUAAAAUGCUUGGAACUGGCGAUGUCCCUCACUGUACGCUCUGCGGGGAGAUGCUAGUGGAGCAGGAAGAUCAACUCAUACCUUGCAGUCGAAGGGAAUGCCCCGGUGUUUACUGUCAGGAUUGCUUUCUGGAGACGGCUAACAGCUGUUCCCUUUGCCUAGGGGUGCUGCUCCAUGAAUCAAACACAAGCGUCAUUUCUCUCGAACGUGCCAGCUUGGAAUACUCGCAAGCAAUGCUUUCUGCGCAGGGAUACGAUUCACUGUCGCAUCGCUAG